CUCUGGCGGCCGCUCCUGUUUCCGGCCCCCCACUUCCCUGGUAACAAUGGAGCAGAAAAUGGCCGCCUGAGAGGGGGAGGGAAGGAGACGCUGCUGCCGCUCGGGGAGGGACGGAGCAGGGCGAGCCAGGCUCGAGCCCGCUGAGCACCGGGGCAAGCAACGGACCGAGACCCGGGGGGGAGGAGGGAGCCUGGCGGCGGCGGUGAGGACUGCAAAGCUGAGCAGCUUUAUUGCUAAAAAAUCAAGUGGCAACACUUGAUUAGGUUAUGUUUGAUUUAGAGCUUCCAUUAACCGGAGGUCCUGUUUCUGCUGAAACUUGAGCACUACUCGACGGUCAUCAGUUUUGCGGGUCUGGCUCCCCAGGAUGCUACCCUACUUUUGCUGCUCUCCCUUUCAGUGAGGACAUUGGCUGCUGACAUACCACAGUGCUGCUUCCUCCUAACUUCAGAGUGGGCGUUUUGCUUGCUGACCUUACAGGAUGCUCAUUUUUAGAGCGAGAGAACCAUUUUCAUGAGACUUCUCUUGUGAUACCUUGUGUCCAAUAGGUCUUCUCUUCUGUGGUAUAAUCUAAAGACCAAAAGCAACAUGAUGUCUUUUUUAUUUGCAUUUUCAACAUGUCUUUUUGACAAAUGCUAUUUUAAUAAGGAAAAUUGUAACAUUUUGAGCCCUCAGAGUUGACAGUGGAGUUCUACGAGUGAAACAUUUUAUUGGAUAUGUGAAAGUAUUGACAUACGUUCUAUUGCGAUGUCAUACCUAUGAUUAAAAUGAUAUCCAGAUUCUUAUGGCUUCUGCUUGUUAGUGCUCUGGGAACAUCUUUGUUCCUUUAUUAAAAUAGCAUUUUAUACAAAUACGUUGUAAAAAGACAUACUUUUUCUGGUGUUCUUUGGCAAGUUGACAUUUUUCCAGCUUAAUUUUUUUUUUUUAAGCAAGGAGUGUACAGGUGAAAUUUGAGUGAUGUAAUGUUUGGGGUAAAAUAAGUCUCUCUCCAUCACAUUUAAUUUCCAGAUAGAUACUUUAAGAACUUUCUGUAGGUGUUUUAUUUUAUUUUAGAAUGCACAUUUAUACUACAUCCAUUAGACUUAAUAGCAACAGGGAAAGAAUAAGCCCAACAUGUAAGGCAGACUUUUAAAAAUUUGAAAACUUAAUCCACUAUUGUCUCUACGCUGUAGAUAUUCAGACUGGUUUGAAGGCCCUGAUCCUGCAGUAUGUGUCUGUGGAAAACUCAUUAUUUUAGGGGCUGUAGGUAGACACAGUGGUCCAUCUGUAUGUAUCUUGUUGUAGGAUUGAGGUGCAAAUCUCAGUGAGCCCUCUCCCUCACAUGCUUGUAUCUCUUUUUUUAAUGCUGUUAAUAAUUGGGUUCACUCAACAGUCAUUUUCUGUGGUCUGUUUUUUGAGAGCAAGGAUUUACAGGAUACAACAAUGAUGAAAUUUCAAGAUUGAAAACACAUGAAAUGUGUGGUUUCUUAAACUAAUUAUUUAUAAAGUACUUGGUGUUUGACUGACAUAGCUAUUUACUAGUUUUUUCUCUUGUGCAUCUUAGUACUAACUGUUAGUACUACUAACAGAUUGUACUAGUUUGUUUUUUGAAGCCUAGUCAUUAAUUUGGUUGUCACAUCAUGUUAAAUAAGGCACUUUAAAAUAUGACUUAGGUUUUGCAAAUAUUUUUAUACUUUGAUAGAAAUGGAGUUUAAGAUAUUCUAAUAGCUAGUCUUAAUUUCUCUCAGUCUGAAUUACUUGGUGUCGGAGAGCUUUUCUUGACAGGGCAUAGGGAAGAGCUCUCAUCAUGAAAGAGGGUUAAUAGUCCUAUUAGAGAUUUAGGUGAUCUUUGGGGGGUAGGGAAUGUGUAUAUUUUCAAGUCAACAUUCGAGUUUUGUCUUGAAGUCUUUGUCUUGAAGUUUGGUUUAGGGAAGGGCAACUCUGAGUUCUAUACUGAUACAACAAUUUACUUCUGAUUACCCAAAAGGAUGACUAGUUCCUUUAGGAUGGAAGUAGAUCAGUAAGUAUUGUAGUAGGUAAUCAUUAUUUAGAAAUUAGUCCUUGUUGGGCACAGUUGCUAAACUAUUUCCACCUAUUAACCAUCCAUUUUGUGUAUUCAAAGUUAUAAAUUAAAUUUCUGGGAAGAUAGUCAAGAAAUCUGCAUAAUGUAUAGGAAUCUGUCCUGUACAUGCGAAAUUAAAUGUCCCUCUUAAAUAUUGAAACCUGUAUAUUUUAAUUUCAUCUUAAAAUAUCAAUCAUUUAGACGCAAAACUUUCUGGGGGAGAUUAACUCCUUCCAGACAGUUCUUAACAGUGCUUACUGUUUUAUUAAUUUUGUUGGUCAUAGUCUUUUUCCUCCUAUUACUAAGGACUUUGAGACCUACUAUAUAUUGCUGGUGAAGAGCACAACUUUAUUUUUUUAAAUCGCUCCUUUUUCUUCAAACAGUGUAUAGGAAAGACUUCGAUCCUUUAGGGUCUCAAGUUUUCUUCUACUUUAUACAAAUUGCAGAUUUCAGCAAUGACUGCUUGACUGCUACUUAAUUUUAGGUGGGUUUUAUUCACUUACAGAAACAGAAGAACACGUACUAAGGUACUUCCCUGUAAAUUCAGCUCGGAUAGCUUUUGGGUUAUUUUACUAAGUCCUGAAACAGCUUAUUUAUUUUCGUGCAAGGAAGACUUAGUUGGUAGGUCAUUGUGUCAUCUGCUCAAUUAACACUUAUUUCUGGGAAGCAUUUUGUGAUCCUCAGAUGGAAGGUACCAUAUAAGUGUAAAGUAGUAAAGAUAAAGAUGAACUGAGAGUUUACGCAUUUUAUUAUUGUAUGGGGUCUGAAGUGAAUUUCUUAAAUGGUUAUUUUAGUAAAUUCUUGAAUUGUCAUGCCUGACCCUCUUUCAUAGAUAGGCUAUAACUUAGAAGCCAUAUAAGUUUAUAACUUUCUACUCGGGCCUAGUUGUCACAGUAUCAAUGAAUUGAUAAUUUUAGUACUGGUAGUGGAGCAAAGUAACUGGUAAUGGCCACUUUUUUCAAUACCAAAUUAAUAUCUGUAGUUCUCUAUCAUUUAUACCCCCGAGACCAUAAAAUAACUCCUCCCUUGUAGAUUAUAAAGUCUUGAACUAUAGAUAGUCACUUCUUGCUAUUAAAGCUUACUGUUUUUCAUAGACUCUGCUGCUUUGUAGUGAUGGUAAGGACUUCACUAGUCAUUUGUGCCUGGCACCUUUGAGUGGAUUGUUAAUGAGUAACUACAGGGACUCCACUUGACUGACUUGUCAAAGAGUGGGCACACCAAUUCGAGUUUACUGCAAUAAUAUCUGGUUAUUCAGCUGCUGAAAAACACUUCCCAUCACCAUUUUGAAGAAAACUUGUUUCAGUCAAGUAGCCAUACAGACUCUUGUUUCCAGCGAACUUUAGACAAAUCUUACUGUGAUUCCAUAAAGAUGUUCAGUUUCAUUACUGGAUAAACUAAAGUUGGCUAUAAUCAACAGAUCUGCACUCACUACAUCUUAGAGACAUGAGUCCUCCAGACAUUUGUGCUCUCCCUCGCCAGUUCUGUGCUGACAGAAGAAGGGAAAUUUCAGGUUGUGUUACGCAGAUACUUUCCCACUCUUUCAUCAACAUGGAAAGCUCAGAUUCUAACGAUAAAGGAAGUAUUGAUCACUCAGAAGCACAGCGCCGGAGUCAGCUGGAUCGAUUAGAACGUGAAGAAGCUUUCUAUCACUUUGUAAAUAACCUGAAUGAAGAGGACUAUAGGCUUAUGAGGGAUAACAAUUUGCUAGGAACACCAGGUGAAAUUACUGAAGAAGAAUUGAUGAGAAGGCUACAUCAAGUUAAAGAAGGUCCACCACAGCAAAAUGGUGAUGAGAAUAGAGGUGCAGAAUCCACAGAAGAUGUUUCUAAUAGAGAUUCCAUAAUAGACUGGCUUAAUUCAGUACGACAGACUGGAAAUACCACACGGAGCGGGCAAAGAGGAAACCAGUCUUGGAGGGCAGUGAGCCGGACUAACCCUAACAGUGGUGAUUUCAGAUUCAGUUUGGAAAUAAAUGUAAACCGUAAUAAUGGGAACCCAAACCCAGAAGCUGAAAAUGAGCAAUCUGUAGAGCCCUCCAAUGGUGAGGAUUUGGAAAAUAGCCAAAGUGACACUGAGACUCCAAGAUCUGAAUCGCCAUCUGUAAGGCAGCCUGGAUCAGACAGAAGUACCUCUGAGGAGUUAGCAACUGAGGAAGCAUCGCCUCUCAGAGGCCAGAGAAGAGCAAGAAGCAGGAGCCCAGAACAACGAAGAACCCGGGCUAGGACUGAUAGAAGUAGGUCACCUAUUAAUCCAGCAAGCGAGACUCCUCGCAGGUCUCCUCACAAUAUGCCAUCUCAGACACUUGAUCAGUCCCUGGUAAAUGAAUCCGAGGGAAGUUCUAGAACUAGACAGCAUGUGACGUUAAGGCAACAUACACCGGGGACUGAGAUUGCAAGUGAAAAUGCAGUUCUGUUUUCAACCCCUGAAACAAGACCUGCUCCUCCAGCAUUAGGUUCUUCAGAAACAAAUGGCAGCAGUGAGUCUGCAGCUCCUGGACAGAGGCCACCUACUAUAGUUCUUGAUCUUCAAGUGAGAAGAGUCCGUCCAGGAGAAUAUCGGCAGAGAGACAGCAUAGCCAACCGAACCCGAUCCAGGUCCCAGACACCAAACAAUACAGUCACUUAUGAAAGUGAACGUGGAGGGCUUAGGCGCACAUUUUCACGUUCAGAACGGGCUGGAGUGAGAACUUAUGUCAGUACCAUUAGGAUUCCUAUUCGUAGAAUCAUAAACACGGGCUUUAAUGAGACAACAUCGGUCGCAAUUCAGACCAUUCUGAGGCAGAUAAUGACAGGUUUUGGAGAAUUAAACUACUAUAUGUACAGUGAUGGUGAUGCAGAUCCUAGUGGCCCAGUCCCAAACCAAAAUGUAGAUGCUCCUGAGCUACAGAAUGGAGGUGAUAGUGGUAGUACUAGUUCACGCAGUGAAAAUACUGAAGGUAGCUCAGGGGAGGUAUAUGAAAGUAGUAAUGAAGGAGGUUCAACAUCUGUUAGGCGGGAAGGUCGGAAUACGAGGGGAUCAGUCACUUUUGAAGAAAGUGGCUCUUUACCAUUCCUUAGCCUAGCACAGUUUUUUCUACUAAAUGAGGAUGAUGAUGACCAGCCAAGAGGACUCACCAAAGAACAAAUUGACAACCUAGCAUGGAGGAAUUUUGGUGAAAGCGAUGCUCUGAAAACCUGUAGUGUCUGUAUUACAGAAUACACAGAAGGCAACAAGCUUCGUAAACUGCCUUGUUCCCAUGAGUACCAUGUCCACUGCAUUGAUCGCUGGUUAUCAGAAAAUUCCACUUGUCCUAUUUGUCGUAGAGCAGUCUUAGCAUCUGGUAACAGAGAAAGUGUUGUCUAAAUGAGAUCUGAAUUUUUGGCUGAACAGCUGGUGUAAUAGUGAUGGGCAACAAAGUCACUUUCAUUAUGGCCACUUUUUGAGUGGUGCUUUAAUGUAAAGUAAUGAGUCUGGCUGCUUCUUCCCCCAUGGAAACAUUUUCUCAGAAUUAAAGCUUUUAAAAUGGGAAUCUCUUUAAAUCAGAGUCUCCAAAUCUAUUCAGUUUGUGUCUCGAAUUUCAGACAAUUCUAUUUCCCCUAAGAUACCUAUUUGCUAUAAAUUUAUUUUUUUUCCCAUCAUCAAGACUGUUGAGCUCCUUUCCCUUCCCCUCUCCAUGCAUUGUGAAUCUUAAAGACCUCAGCACUCAGCUCGUCCCUUUAAGGAACUUAUCUGAGAAGUCAUCCUAGCUACAGCACAUGCUUCAUAGUGGAUUUUUAAAAACAAACCCAGCUAUGAAUAUGAAAUUAAUUCAACUGCACCCUUAAAUAUAAUUUUGGUUAAUUUUCAUAUUGGGUAUUCUUGGACACGUGAGUGCAGAUAACACUAAUGUUAGCCCUUUUCCCUUGUACAGCUGUCUCCAGCCCAUCACUAUGGCACGUUGUAGAGAGAGCUGAUUGCUUAAUCGGGAUAUUUAUCUUGUGGAAAUAUAAGAAUUGCCUAUGCUUGUUUAAAUAAAAAAAUCACAAUUUUUGUUUUACAAUUGUAAAGCUUUUUUGUAGAAGCUCAGUACUUUUCCAGUGCACUGUUGUACUAAUGCAUUAAGAAUUAAAAUUGUACCAUGCUUAGAAAUGAAGAGAAUGCUUUUCAUAUAAGACCCACCACACACACAGCAAAUUAAAUACAAGCGAGCUGCUUUUGUAAAUGUUAUUGUCAAGAGCAGUGCAUAUCUGUACUAUUUAAUUUAUGUGAACAGCUACUGUAACAUAAAACAGUUAAGAAUUAGCCAUCUUAAUUGCAUUAAAACUGAUGGCAAUUGAAUGUUAUAAUUGCAAUGUCUUGGCUUAGUAAUGCCACCGAAAAGGUGGUGAUAAAAAAAAAAAAUAGAAACCUGCUCUGAAGACUGGUUUUUUCUUUGUAUGGUUACUGAUGUGUAAUGAUACAAAUUUGUAUGUACCAGUUUCGUUGUGAGGAUUUUGCCCAAGUUUUGUAUUAAGCUGUAUUUUAAUCACUGAGGGGGCUGUAUGUAACUUUCAGCAGUCACAUGUUGGCAAAUUAAUUUUUCUCUUCCCACUCUAAUGACAUAGUUAAUCUGUGGAUCUUUGGUAGUGAUUUAACACACUGACCUCCAAAAAUCAAUGGAAGUUGCAUGUGACCUAAGUAUCCAGGGUAGAGAAAUUAACAUUUAGGUGUAACUGAGAAAUAAUCUUCUAACAGAAGUUUAUCAAAUGAAUUGUCAAUCUUAAAUUGUUGGUUACUGGAAUACAUUUAAAAAAUGAAAUUUCAAGUUGUUUGAAUUUGCAGCUUAUUUUCCUUAAAGUAAAAUAUUAGGCAUGUCUCUUUACUGUUAAAGACUGUCUAAAUUCCAGUUGCAUUUUGUAUUAAAAGUUAAUGUGGGCUUAUCACAAUUCAAAUCUUAUAAAUGCAUUUACACAAUUUUAAGUCUGCUUUGGAAAUGUUCAUACUUCAGCUGUCUUUACAAGGUGGGAAAUCUCUCCCCCAUCCCCAAGAAACCUUCCUUUUGUUUUACUUUUUAGUAGCUUUGCCAACGCUACAUGCUUCUCAAGGAAAGCAAUAUUCUAUUUCAAGUAAAAAAUAUAGUAGUUGUUAACUAGGGAUAUGAACUGCUCUUGCUGGCUAGAUCCAAAAUGUUGCUCGGUACUCAGAUGACAAAACCAAACCUGUCCUAUCUUUUUUUACAUUAACAAAUCUUCAGUGUUUGAGUGGUGGUUACAUAGAAUGUCAUCCUAGCUGUUAAAGCCAUUAUAAUUGAACUACUCACCAGCCAGUUCAGGAUUCCAAGGUGUUCUGGAGCCCUCCCAUUUUUCUAACAGUGCAUUUUCCUAUCAUUCUCAGUUCAGUGGGGAAUCCAGACUGGCUGGUGAGCUCACUUUCCUUGUGGUGGAACGCUCCAUCAUUGUAAGGGUGUUCCUUAUCAUAUGUUUUUUAAAACAUUUAUAAACAAAUACAUGCUCUUGAAUGUUUUCUCUCUGAGAUGUGUUCAGCUAUAAAAUUGGAGGUUAGAUAUUAAUGUUACUGGUUGGACUUUGAUUCAUGAAUAUAGCUAAUGAAUCUUAAGCCGAAACUACUUCUCAAACAUUGGACACCAUGAUUUUGAAUCUUUUUGUAGUGUGCACAUAAGUGUAUGCAAUCACUCACAUUUUUCAGUAACAGUCUUUGCUGACUUGGACUGUAGAAUUAAAAUUAAAAUAUUUUAUAGUGGUAUUUGCUACUGAAUUCUAAAUACACUUUUAGCUUUUUAAAAUCACAUGUCUUAUGAGGACUAAUGAGAGAAAUUAGAAUAUGACCCCAUUAGCAACAAGCGAUACGCAGUGGAGCAAGGCUGUAAUACCUCAUUAAGAAGUUACUCUUGUUAAUUCAGAUUGUUCUUGGUUUCCAAGAACUAUACAGUUCAACAACCAUCUUUGUAGUUUUAUUAUGAUUGCCUAAAAGUGGUAUGCCUUAAUGUCUUAACUUUAUGUAAUUGUACCAAUGGUUUAGUGUCUGAGGUUCCCAAAAAGGUACCAGAAACCAGUGUUCACCUCAACUAAGAAUCCUUUGAAUGUUUCAAAUGUUUUAAUUUAUAAUGAAAUUCCUUUUUAAACUUACUAUACCAAUAGCACUGGGGUUUUUCUUUGACUUCAAACAAUUGGCAUGAUUGAUAUUGCUGUUAGUGAGGAACUCUUAAGGAGAUGAGGCAUUUACCAACGUCCACAACAGUUCUGGAAAUGAGCAAUGGUAUAACUUUGCUCUGAGCUACAUCGAGUAACUCAGUGGCGUUUAUGAAUUACUUUCGUAUUAUGAAUUGUGCAAAACAAAUCUGUGGAAAAUUAUUGGCCUGAUCCAGCAGCAGGAAUUCUCAUCUGAAUAAGGGUUGCUGGAUCAGGCCCUAGUAUUAUAAGGUAGUUUAGUUCAUUCCUGUAUAGUACAAUAAAUGUAUGGGUGUCAUUCUUUCCUUUAAAUUAAAGUUAUAUUAAGCUUUAAAAGCCAAUGUUAAUACUUCAAUUUUAAAUUAAAUUGCAAGCUUUAUAGGUAAAGUAUAGAAGCGUCUCUAGUGAGGUGCUCACAAUUAGCUAAAGUUAGUCUCUUGAAUCAAUUUAUUUAAAAAUAUAUGAAUCCUUUUGGUGCCAAGCAUUCUUAACAUAUUUGCAUCUAUAGCUUUCUUAAGCUUAAACCUAUUUUUUCAGCAUUGGAAUUGUAGAUGGAUGUGCACUGUUUUUACAGACACUUUACUGCAUGCCCGUGGCCACUGAGAGGUUAAAACACAGCCGUUAUCUUUUGGGAUUUUUUUUAAUGCCCACGUGUACAUAGAUGAAUGAAUUUAAAAGAUUCUGGUAGCCUUAUUAUACAUUUGCUGCUCUCCUCUCCUUAGUUUAUAGUGCCAUCUUGAGGAAGCUUUUUUUACCCUCCUUCAAAGUUGGGGCAAGUACACAUCUUUGACUCCAUUAUUUAUUAAAACAUUAAUUUCUUUGCUGUUUAAGUUGGUUUUGUGUUUGAAGAAGCUCCCCUGCUAGAGCUUGUAUAAGGAAAGCUGAUGGUUAACAAAAGAAAAGAAAAAGAAAA